AACAAUGCUCAGGAAAAAGCCACGUUGACGAUCCAGACCUAAGUGUAGUCCCCAAAUUCAGGCAGAAUAAAGCGGGAAUCUGUCUCUGUCGGACGCUCGGGUUCCUUCUCGUUGCAGACCGCAGAUCGGAGCGGACAUGUCAUCCCCGCCGAAGGAGAAAAUCGAAACCAAAGGAGGACGUCUCCCUGCAGUGAAGGCAGGAGGCAUGAGGAUAGUGCAGAAGCACCAGGUCGCCGCUGCCGCAGAGCCGCCGCAGAAGGAAGAUGAUGAAGAGGAGUACGUCAGCAGCAGUCCACCAAAGGCCCCCAUGAUUGUGUCUGGAGUGGUUACAAAGGGUGAUAAGGACUUCACCCCCGCAGCUGCCCAGGUGGCCCACCAGAAGCCCCAGCCUUGUGUCCCCAAGCUGCCUCCCGUCCAGCACAUCAACCAGCACAUCCACCAGCCCCGCAAGUGAGCCGGGCGACAGGCUACGCUAACGGCUACGCUAUCUCCACCAGCCGGCCUUCCCCAAAGGAACACAUAGGAUGAAGAUGCUUCCCCACCCAGGCACAGAUCUGCCAAAUAAUCAAAGUAGUUUUUGUUAGCCUCUCGCAGUAAAUGUAUGAGGAAUUUAUCAGCAGCAGACAGCCAACGCCAAACUCGCCAUUGUAGAAGUCCCACCCUUUACACCCCACCUGCAUUGGUGCUGCACUAUUAGUUCUGCACUUUUCAGUCCUCUCCUUAAGAGGGAUUGUUUUGACAGUCGUAUCAUCUCAAGGUGGUAUAAGUGGCUGGAGGGUCUUCUAAAAUGACUAUCACUCUAGCACUCUAGGAUCAAACAUUAAUGAAGAAACUGAUCUCAGAUCUGAGUCUGUGGAGGGGGGUGCUCUCACCCCAGCGAUGUGCUGACCAGUACCACACAUCGCGGCAACCAGCCAAUCACAGCAACCUAUCAAUCAGGCUAACUGACCAACCAAUCACAUCACAGUGUUGAGCCCACGCUCCAGCCUUCUACCUAUGAUCUGCGCUGACCAAAAAGACCAAUCAACUAAUCACGAGGUGGACACCAGUUUUAUGUAAUCCACACACAGACAGCAGCUUCUAAAUCGCAAAACUCAGUUUGAUGAGUUCCCGUCAUCAGACUUGCCAAAUUGCAGGGAUGCAGCAUGGACCAGAGUUAAAGUAGACGUGUAGUAAUAAUCAAACUAUGAGACAUUGGACAUUUUCAGUAUUAUAGAUGCUCAAUAAGGAAAACCAGCAGGAUGCAAAGCAUAACCCAGUCUCUGUAGGAGUGGCUGUCAUUAACCAAGCAGCUACUUGAUUCGUGUCAUUAGUGUCAUGACUCAAGAUAGCUCGCUACAGCUAUAGCAGAAGCUAAACUAGCUUUUGGACCAUAACAAAACCUGUUUAGCUUUUGCUACAGUUUCAUGCUGUGUCACUAUUCUUACCUUUUAUUUGGCAGAGGGGAGUCUCACUGAUCUCUGAUCUGCUCUCCAUUUUCGCCCGCCUUGUCAGAGCUGCGAUCAUGGCCAUCCCUCCCUGGAAAUGUGAGCUAAUUUUAAUGCAAACUCAAACUGCUUCUUAGUAGAAGUCUCCCAGCAGUGCCUCAUUGCUUAGAUUUCAAGAUUUUUUUUUUGUCUCGUUUGACUCACGCGGAUUUAUCAGCCGCACGCCAGAGUCGAGCGGAAUGAAAGCGCAGCCAAAAAUGUAAUGAAAUCUAAAGAAAUUCAUUUACCGCGAAGCAGCUGCAGGGCGCUUUGUGUUUGCAGUAACAUUAGCCUGAACAUCACGGGGAGUAAUGUGCUUUUAUUACAAGCUGAGCAGAGCAGUGCAGAGGAGCAGUUCAGAGAACAGCGAGGCUCUUCACUGUGAGGUGCAUUCAAGGUACAUUCCAUGGAAAAGUGUUUGAACAAAUAUGUCAAACACGUGACGGUUUGUCAGCAUGCAAGCAAAAUGUUUUCUACGUUCCAGAGUAUCUGCAGGUGUGACUUGUUGCAUAUCAGAAAUCCGUGUCCGCCAACCAAAAUCCACGUCGGCUUUUCCUUAAAACGAUGCAUAUGAACACACACGAACACACGCCACCCUUUUCCUUAAUCACCCAUCCCCUUACACUCAAGUGUCGCUUCUUUCAACACUAACGUUCAGGUUUCCAGGAAAGAAAGAAAGAAAGAAAUUUAUCUCGCCAAGAAGGAAUGAUUUCCAAUGUUAAUUUAAGUUUGAAAGAGUUUUAUAUUUGUUUUUGCUCAAUUCUUUUUCUUGAGUAAAUUGUUCAAAUUGUACAAAUCUUUAGUCAUUGAGUGGACUUAGGUAUUAGGUGUGGUUGUCAUAGUAAAUAAAGAUAUAGACUAUCUUAAAAAAAAAGCCUUUUUCAGUGUGUCUGUGUGUGUGAAUUGAGGCAUGACUGGAUGAAAAUGUUGUCUUGUGACUCAUAAUUAAUGUUUGCCGUGUAAAAGGGAAAAAAAAGUUUUCUGCUCAAUGACAGAAGGUGAAUGCUCCAAUAUUCUGUACUCUGAUGAAGUUCAGAGUGGUCCUGCCUGAUGGAUUGUGACCUGUGCCUCACCUCGAGUAUUUGAGCAUCCCAUGGUGAAUUAGCACCCAGCACUGAGGGAUUAGGGCUCAGGUGGUGUUUUGAAAUGAAACAGAAGCACCUCCAAGAGCUGCCCGCUGCUUUUUUCCAGGUACACACACACGCACACACACACACACACAGUGAGCACCAGGUGUUCGUGCAUGUAAUCCAUCUUUACACAAGCAUCUGCAACCAGGUGUUCUGUCAGUUUACGUUAGCCCAAUAAAGCAGCCAGUGCAGCCUUAGCUGGUGCGAGCCGCUGUCAGCAAGCUGAAACACCCCAUUAAAGCAGACACAAUCUCCUUGACUCUCCGCGGUUGUAUAGAGUUCUCCCAGAGUGCCACAGCUCUCAUCCACUGCCAUGCCCUAUUAGACUGACUGGAAGAACAGAAUGUUGCCCCCCCCAAAAAAAAUGCAUAAGAAUUCCACAAUGAAACAGGUAAAUUGCAAGAUUGUUUCUUAAAUCCGCUGAAUUGUGUACAGAAAUAAAUUAUAUUCCUAGACUAGUAACAGCAGUGUAAAGGUUAGAUCAGUAUUUAGCACAUAAUGCCAACGCUGCAAAGUAUUGGUUCACUUGUAACUAUGAAUACUCAUACAAAGAAGUUGUGCCUUGAAAUACCUAUUAAAUAUAACCAAAUUGCAUGUAUUAUACCUUCUGGAUUAAAAACGUUUUAUUAAAUAGCAAAUGACA